AUGUAUAAACAUCCCGUGGCGAUGACGCUCCGCCGCUCGUUCCGGGAGGGCUUCCCCACCACCAACUCCCCUGAUCCCAUGCUUGAUCUUGAGAUGAGAUAUACCAAAGCCGCCCCCAAUCAGAUGUUCAGCUCAAUACGUGAGAUCGAAAAUGCAACAUCCUCACACGUACCCACCGCCCCUUCUCAAUCUGCCCACAAUCCAAUCGUUUGCAUAAAAGCCGCUACGGGUGGGAGAGGCGGGCCUUGA